AUGGCACUUGAACUACCAGAAAGGCUCGAUUAUUUGCUCUCUUGGGUCAAAGAGUUUGAAUUUGUUGACCAGGGCCUAAUGUUUGAGGAUCUGUGUGACGGUGUUAUUAUAUCCAAGAUUCUAGUCUCCGUGUCGCCUUGUUCGUUUUCAGCGUCCUGGUAUUCAAGGAUUAGAUCAGGUGUUGGCACCAAUUCUGCGCACAAAUGUUUCAAUUUGAACCAUAUUGUCGGAGCCAUUUCCCAGUUUUUCGAAAACGUUAUUGGGCAGCAUUUGGCUAUCUUUCAAUUGCCCAACGUCAGUUUGAUAGCUGAAAAGAAUGAUGCAGGGGAACUUCUCCGUCUUCUCCAGCUCGUCAUUUGUUGCGCUGUUAAUGGUGAGAACAAAGAAAAGUACAUUCAAGCUAUUCUCAGCAUGGAACGCGCCGUUCAACAGGCAAUCAUGGAGUCUGUUCAGGAGGUCAUGAAUGAAACUUCCUCGAAGGGGGAUGAACUGUCACUCAUGAGCAAGACUGACCGAGACGACGCAUUCGCUCACAAAUGCCACGAACUCGAAGCAAAAAUUUCGCAGCUGGAGGCGGAGAAGGCGACAGCGGAGGCGGAGUUGGAAGACGCGUUGCGAAAAAUUGCACUUCUUGAGGAGCACAGCGGCGAUACCAGUGGCAUCGGUGAUGGCAGUGAAACUGUCGGUUCUGUAGCCGCUACGCUGCAGCUGCGUCAGCUGCAGGAAAAACUGCACAAUGCACAGGUGGAACUCUUUCAAUCCGAGGCUGAUUCCCAGGAGGCGAAAUUGAGACUGUCAGAGGCCCUAAAGACUAUCGAAGACCUGCGCAAAACGAACGAGGGGCUGACUCUCGAGGUGUCGAGGACGGCGCACUUCAAGGACGAGUUGGACAUUGCGCGAGAGGAAAUGCAGGCGGCCAACCGCCAGGUCGCGUCAUUAGAGCAGUGGAAGAAGCGACGCGCGGAAGAGAUGGUAGCGUUGCGAGUGCGUUGCACCAAAUUGGAGGAGGAUAACGCGGCUUGUCUGAAGGUUCUAGAUGAACUCAAGCAGGAGAAUCGACUGAAUUCAAGUCUUCGCGCGAAUGCCGAAGCCUCGAGGAACCAAUCAAUGGAAGCGAAUUCGCGCGUCUCUGAACUGGAAUUACGAACCAUGCAAUUAGAGGAGGAGUUGAAACAGGCACGGGCUGAUCUUCAGGGGAGUCUUAGAGAGAACCAGGCGAGUCAGAGGGCGUUCCGGACCCUUUUGGAGGAGAUGCGGCGCCUGCGAGAGCAUCACGAAAAGGCCUCCACAUCGAUUGAUUUGGAAGCGGGAGAUCGCCUGAGUCAACUUCAGUCCUCCCUUAACCUGCCUUCCAAACCGGUUGAAUCCAACGAAAGCGGUGACCAGGAGAUCACAAGCGAUGCCGUUUACGAAGUGGAGCAGCGCUAUCGCGGGUAUUUGGCCAAGGCUUUGGAGGUCAUUCGACAGCUGAAUCGUCGUGUAGUCGCUGCGGAGACGGCGGCAGUCAAUCAAAACUGCGAGCAGAAACCCGAUUCUGAGGUCUCUCGUUUGCAGGCGCUGUUGGCAGAGAAGGAGAGCAUCAUAGAACAGUUGGAGCGUCACUACGAACAGGCGAGGCGACAGCGGGACCUUGAGGACCGCAUGGUGCUAACGGCGUGGUAUCAUCUGGGCAUGCGGGUGAACCGUGCGCACACAGAGCGUCUGUUGCACGAGGAGGCCUCAAGUGGAGGUGAUGCAUCCUCCACCAACACCACCUCCUUCCUCUCGCAGCAGCGUCGAGUUCAUUUGCAGCCGUCCAGUCGUGGUCUUACGCAUCCCACUGGAUCAUCCCUUUGA